GUGCUGGAAUAAGAUGAAUCCAACUAUUAACAAUCACGUUCCCCAUUCACCCGCUCGCGGGGUAUUUUCGGAUCAUGGAUUCUUCGUCUUUACCGACCAGCAGCAGCAGCAGCCGGGGCUGCAGGUCCCCCCCGAAGGUUCCGCCGACAAGAAUGGACUCAAUGCGAUGCCCUUCCUAGGCCAAAUCCACACCAGUCCUCUGCUGUCCCGCCCAAUGGGUCCAAUAGGUCACGCUCACCCCCCACCAUCCCUCCGAUGGGGGAUUCAGAUGGAUUCAAUGCUGUGCCACAGAUGGCUUCGAUGGGACCACCGCCGUGUUGAGCUCCCUCUGGACAGGCGGCGCUUCUCCGGACAGCGCGGAGACUACUACGACGACCCCCACGAAGAGUACUCCGACUGCCGCUACGAGCGCCAGUUGCUGUGGCGCAUGGCCAAUGCCCGGGGCGACGAGACGCUCGUCUUCUUUGCCGUGCUCAUGACCACGCCCUGGCUGUUCUCUCUCAGCCUCCUGGGAUUCAUCCUGUCCCUGGCGGCGCUCCUGAGAAGACCGUCGAGCAGCUGCUUGUUCACAGCCCAGCGAUUCGCAAGUGCGGCCAAUGAGUAUGUGUUGUGA